ACCGUCCUGCAUACCCGGGAAGAUGCUGCUCAGAUUACUCUGUGGCCUGUGUCUGCUAAACAGUGUUACGGGACAAAAACUCUGUUCCAGGCCACGGGAAGUGGAUUUUGCCGUUUAUAAACCUUUGAAAAUAUUUUAUGAAUUCCGCGACUCUGUCUCGUACGCGUGCUCUCCGGGAUAUGAAAAGGUCUCCGGCAAAGACAGGGCGCUUUGUUUAAUGGCCGGGAACUGGGAACACGCAACAAUUACAUGCCAGCGUAAGCAGUGCCCGAACCCCGGCGUGCUGCCGAAGGGGCAGGUGAGAUACAGAGAGCUGAGCUACGGCAGCCACAUCCACUUCGCAUGCAAUGAAGGGUAUAAUCUGCAUGGAGCCAAUGAGAGCCGGUGUACGGAGAGCGGAACGUGGAGCCCCGAGGUGCCGGCGUGUAAACCCAUUACCUGCCCCCCACCCCCCGUCCCUAAUUUUGGCCGCCUCGUCCUGUAUACGCCUCGAGAAGGGAAUACGUCGCAGUAUUUGGAUAAUGUUACCUAUGGCUGCCUGCCCAAAUACGCCAUGUUUGGGAACGCCAGCGCUUACUGCACGGCCAACGGGACCUGGAGCCGCACGCCGGACUGUCGCGAUGUGAAAUGCCGGCGUCCGACCGAAAUCGAGCACGGGUUCCUGACCUACUCCCCUCCCAGGCUGUACGAUUAUCAGGAGGCCGUCACCUACGGGUGCAAGCCCACCUACGUCUUGGACGGUCCGAAAAACUCAUUCUGCGAUAAAAAUGGGGAAUGGACAGUAAAGCCGAGCUGCAGAGCUCCUUGCCACGUAACCACGAAGAAAGCCACGGUCCUGUACAAUGGAAGGAAAACCCGCGUGGAUAAGAUUUCCGACCAGUUAAUUCAGCACGGCGACAUCGUUACCUAUUUCUGCAAAGACGAUAAGGGGGAUUGCGCCCACUCGCGGGAUUCCAUGUGUCUGGACGGACACUUCACCGUACCCCCCUGCUACAAAGAUCCCGGACUAUUCUCUUUCUUUUCCACGGCCCCGCAUAAGCUGCCACCAUGUGCCACGGCUAACGCCACGCUCGCUACGCCACCGCUAUAAGCACGCGCUUCUUAGCGCUAAGAGCCCGGAGAGCCUUCAUCACCUUUAAUCCAAGUUAUUAUGGUAAAAUAAAGACUUGGCUGUCCAAGGGUUCUGUGAC